AUGAGCUCUCUCGAGGAAGCAUCUCCGCUAGGCGCACAAUGGUUCCCCGUUGGGCUCGCCUCGACCUUCCCCGAUCUCGGCUACGAUGAGGAAAACCUGGCAAAGUACAGAGCAUGUGGUGGAGCAGAGCUGAAGCCGGGAUGCAAAGUCUUUCAAGUGCCGAGAGAUGAUAGCUCGCAGCGAGCGGAGAUUGAGAUUCGAGAAGACGGGACUUUGCAGCGUUCGGAGAUGAAGGGGCUCAAGGAUCAGGUUCUUGUGUUCCAAUACAAAGGAAAAUUUCACGCCGUUGAUCAUAAAUGUCCUCAUUCAUUGUAUCCCCUCUCUCAGGGCGUUCCUUUCGACAUUGAGGAUUUUGGCAUUGUUUUCAGUGCCGGGUUGACUUGUCCGAAGCACGGCUGGUCAUUUGAUCUGUUCAACGGCGCGGCUGAUCGUGGGAGUUAUGAACUUGGCGUCUGGGAAACGCAGUUACGAGAAGUCAAGAUCUCUGAAGAGUCGCAAGAGGCCAGUGAGGAGAUCAGCAAAGGCCCAAAUUCCGUUGACAAGGAGGUAUGGGUAAGAAGAAGACAGCGAGUGGGAUAG